AACACACGUACACAUCUGCACAAACGCACGCUCCUCCUGUCUAGCGAAACCCGGAUGUGAGGGAAUAUUCAGCGCUGUGUCGCCGUGGCACCAGGUGUCUGGAUCUCAGUGUGGUGACUGCUGCUUGCAAAGCCCUCAGGAUGAUGCGAGCAGGAGGACUUUUGAAACUGGCAGUGCUGGUUUCUAUCUUAUUUCUAGCUGUGUUCCUGGCAUUUGAGCUUUUGGAGAGCAGAGUGAAUUUUAAUUUGGGCAAAGUACUUGCACGAUAUGCACCUGCAGAGACUGUCCCCACUAGGCCUCCGCACCACAAAUGCGGCCUUUCUAAAUCAUGUCCGGAGGACCAUUUUGUCUUUAAGAUCACCAGCGGAGCAGCCAGCGUUGUCGGCCCGAAAAUGUGUUUUCAGGACAAUGUAUUAAUGAGUGGAGUAAAGAACAACGUUGGACGGGGUAUAAACAUUGCUUUGAUCAAUGGGAAGACCGGCGAGCUCAUCAGGACUGAUUCCUUUGACAUGUGGUCUGGAGAUGUGAACCAGCUUAUCAAAUUCUUGAAGGAAAUAGAAGAUGGAAGUAUUGUCAUGAUGGCCACUUUUGAUGACCCUGCAACAAAGCUAAACGACGAGGCCAGAAAUCUGAUAGAUGGUUUUGGUGGGUUAAGAGAUAAUUGGGUGUUUGUAGGGGGCAAAGGGAUCAAGACAAAGAGUCCCUUUGAGCAGCAUAUCAAGAACAAUGCAGAGACCAACAAGUAUGAAGGCUGGCCUGAAGUUUUGGAGAUGGAAGGAUGCAUUCCCAUAAAACAUCAGUAGAAGGAAUUUCAAAUUAUUUGGCAUUUUCACGUACAGCCUGGAGAUGGUUGAAGAAUUCAAAGUUUAACAUAUGCAAUGGUGUAUCGUUCGAUUAGCACUGACAAUGAUGCAAUUAAGAAUACAAUAGACUUUAAAUUUGAUGUUGGUCUUCCUGUAUUUUAAAUCUUACCGUUAGUGCUACUGAGCUUUUGCUGCUCAAUGUUUGUAUUUCUUUUACAGGAUUCCCAGUACUUUUGACCCGUGAGUUUCCAUUACUUUUCUUUCAGUUGUCCACGAUCACUAAAUGGAUUGCACUCACAGGUCAAUAUUUUACAGCUUAAAAUCACUAUAAUAAUUUACAUUCACCAUAGAAAUAGCCACAACUUCACUAAUUGUUGUGAAUUUUCCAGCCCUGGAAAUCACGUUCUUAACAAUCCAUGGCUGUGGGAGAUCUUUUUAUUAACUGGUCCAUAAACAAGCAAGUUGUUGUCCAUUUGUGAGCUCCAGUGUUAUAAGGAAAAGAUGAAUGUUGAAUGUUUUUUUUUUUUUUUUUUCUCCCAGAAAAUGUAGGGAGAGGGUUUCAUAUUUAUCACUGCACUAAGACACUCUAAAUGUUGAUCAAACUGGAUUGAAGUUAAAUGGCUAAGGGCUUCUGUCGCCAAAAUGUAUUUAUUUCUUUAUGGUUCAAAUAUUUAUUUUUCUGCUGGCAAUUUGGACUGCUGGACUUUAUUCCUGAAGGUAGAUAAUGAAGAAUCUUUUUUUUUUUUUUUUUAAUCCCAUAUUUUUGGUGUGCGAAGAGUUAUUGAUUUGUCUUAGGUUUUGACUUUCUACUGUUUAAACUACUGUGUCCUGUUUUGUGCCAUUUAUCCUUAGCGUUUGGUAAUGUUGUUACAAAUAGGGACUUCAAAAGAUUUCCAUCAGUUAUUGUGUUGAUAGUCAGUUGGGACACAUAACAUUAGUGUUCAUAGCAAGCAAUGAAUAUUUAACAGUAACUGAUUUUAUUCCUAACUGUGCCUUCUGCAGUGUCAAGAGUAUGCCCUUUCCUACCAGGUAGUAAAAUGUCCCAUAAUUAAUGAGGAAUUAUAAUGCAAAGUCAAUGAUUUUAUAAUUCCCUGCACGAUUUUAACUGUGAAGUUGUGGAUUAUUAUUAUUUUUUUUUUAUAAGAAGACCAGUUAUGUGCCUUAUUUACCACACUUAAAUAUCCCAAGUGAUUUUGUCUAGAUUUUUCUAGAGUUUUGAUUGAAAUCAUCGAUGUUGCAUGGCCUUAAUGUGUAAAGCUGUUUUGAGGAUUAAUGUAGUCAUAAUUAAAUUUAAAUCAAGUAAACUGUGUAUUUUGUGAUUGCAGAGUCUUUUGUAAUGGCUCUAGUUUUUUUUUUUUUGUAGAAAAACAAAACAAAACAAAAAUAAAAGUUUGAUAUUAAAAUGAAGCUGAGUAAAUGGUUGUUGCCUUCACUCCUGGUUUUUGUCUUACCUCUGUUUAGAUUAAGGCUGGGAGCCCCCAAUAAUAACCCUAGCAUCUGUUCUGCCUCAUCAAAGCAUGAUACACACAUCCAAAAUGGUACAUGUGUUUAUAAAGGAGUCUGUAGAUUCUUGGAAGGCGUCCAUUCGGCUCUCAUUAGCCUAAGAAAAGACCAGAGAAGGUUUCAAAGUACACAGCUGCACAAGAAAGCAAUGGCAGACUUCACCCCGCCAGCGUAACUGCUGAAAAUCAUUUCUUUCAAUAACAGGUUUAUUCCAUUCUGAAAAUAUCAAAAUAUAUAGGUACUGAUGUAGGCAACAAUAUAAUGUACAGACCCAGUCUAUACAAAUGUCAAUGUGCUGAGAACUACUUUUUAUGCCAUCAAUGAAUACCUUAAAUUCUGACAAACUCCUUGUCUCAUUAUACUAAUUCUAAUGACUAGCCGGAAGUGCUCUGACUGAAACAUGGUAACGUUAACUGUUAAUUCAUUCAUCCUGCAGGUGUCCUUCCCCUCCACCUGCUCAAACCCAGCAUUAUUAUUAUGGCAAGGACAUAUAGAACCUCUAUUUACAAGUGCAUGAAAUCCAAUCAAGCUCACUGUAUUCGAGCGGGAGAGAACUGUAGGGGACUUGUACAGCUGUACAAACAAUGUUCCAGGUUCGAUGCUGUCAGUUACCACAGAAUAAUUUCGACCUCUUUCAGUUUUCCAUUGAACACAAAACGAGUUAUAUUUAAGACGUGGUUGUGGUCUAACUCGCUAUUUAUCAGUGAGGGGGGAAAAAACCCCGCGAACAAUAAAUAUAUAUUUAAAAUCUCUGUACCUGAAUUAUUAUUUUUUCUACAAGUGAUAACAGAGACGCAAGAGGGCGCCAUUUAUGUUCUAGUAUGACAGGAAAGUGAGCGGAUUCAGUUACCCGGAUGAGCGUACUUGCGACAGCGAUUGGCCAAUCAGAAUCAAGUAUUCCACAGGGGCGCCACACUUGGCCCUUAUUAACAUAAUUAAAAUCCAAAUAACAUCUAAAACUUUAAUUUAGAUACAGAAAAUUUAAAAGUUUAUUCCAGAGUAACGUCUUAAAGUAAAGGAACGAGUCAAAAUUAUUUUACGUUGUAAUAAAUAGAAUCGAACCCGGAACAGUCAUAUUAAAAUUAAAAUAAACGUUUUGCAGCUUU